GCUGAGAGUGAAAACAAAGACAGGAAUGGUUGAAAUUCAGCAGCUACAUGGCUGAAAAAGCUAAAAGUAUACGUAACAUCGACCGGAGAGCAGCUUCCUUCUUCCUGGAUGAGAUGGUUCAGACUGGUUGACCACAGCAUGAAGAAGAAAAAGCAUCAGCAACCCAAACACACCAAAAACCAGCAUAAAAAAGCUAAAAAAGUUGCCAUGGAUAGGAACAAACCGGAGUCUGAGAGCUUCCUGGACGAGCUGAUUGGGUGGUUUUCUGAUCAUCAGCAGCAGAUUGAUCAGCUGUUCGGCCACAGUGACGUAGGCAGAAGUGGAUCAGUCAGCCUGCAGGACUUUGAGCUGGGUCUGAGGAGUUUGGGUGUCCGUUGUCAGCAGUUUGAGCUCCACAUGCUGACUCAGCAGCUGAAGACCUUCAAUGGCACGAUCAGUUAUCAAGACUUGAUGAAACAAAUGCAGUCAUUGAGGGAGAGCGCAGAGCUCCACACUCAGAUGUCAGGAGACUUCAUAAAAAGACAAAAAUCAGCUGAGACAGAAAAUUUUUCCUGUUUGAAACGUCAACAUCAGCAGAGGCCUCCAAACCCUGAAAACCAGAGCAGGUUCAUCUGUCUCAGCGUCCGACUGAUCCCCUUCACCUCGGCCACAGCCCAUCCUGGAAAUUUUGAAGUGGUUUUGCCAAGCAGCCGCACAGUUUUCGGUCUGAUGAGCGUGAUUGAGGAACGUGUUGGGAUCCAGACUUGCAGCCUGGAGGUUUUCAGGAGCAGGGUGCCAACAGAGGAGGCCCGCCUGCCACUAUACGGCUCGCUGGAGGAGUGCGGGUUCAAAGGAGGGCCGGAGGAGAGUCCUCCAGAGGCCACUGUCUACUAUGACUACAGACUGCCAUUUACAGACUGUCCCAUCCUUAAUUAUGACCACUCCUUCAGGUCGAAGCAGGACUCUGCAGCUAACUGA